AUGACUGUCGCCGUCGCUCUGCUCACCACUGUCACACUGUUGUCGCUGUCAGGGUCGGUAUCUUCCGUAGCUGCUGCAGCAGGAGCCGCACGUCCUGCGCUCUUCCGCUCCCCAGCCUCGGAUAGCUCACGCGGCGCCGACUUUCUCCAACAGGUGCUCACCAAGCCAAGACACAAGGGCGCAUCAUCAUCAUACACUGCCUCGCUCGGCGGCGAAUCAAUAUGUCGCCCAACCGGCCAGAUCGAAGAUGCCUCGUGCGACUACGAAACAGUAGAGACCAUCAACUCGCAAUUCUUCGACCGUCUCAACACACUCCGCAAGACCGACUUCUUCAAAUUCUACAAGGUCAAUCUCUUCAAGGAGUGUCCCUUUUGGAACGAGAACAGCUUCUGCAUGAACCGCGCCUGCAGCGUCGAGACCGAGGACGAGUCCGACGUACCCGAAGAGUUCCGCGUCAAGCGUCUCAGCUCGGUCACCACCGCCUCGCCCGACGAUGUCCUCAUGACUGGCUCGGAUGCAAGUUGCUCUUGCUCUUCGACCGAGUUCUGUCAUCUCGACGAUGAAUCAUCGGAGGAAGGCGUCUAUGUCGACCUGCUCAAGAACCCGGAGCGAUUCACGGGCUAUGCGGGUCCUAGCGCCAAUCGUGUAUGGAAGUCGAUCUACGAGGAGAACUGCUUCAACGGCGUCAAGUUUGUCGAGCCUGCUAGGCCAACCUCGUCAGGUGGCACUGGUUUCGUCGACAAGAGCAUGCUGCAGAGCUCGAGCCCCGCCUUUAACGGUCUAUCUGGCGGCUUCGGCGGUCUCGUCUCUUCCUUGCAAGCCCCUCUCGACAGCGGCGACAGCGAACAGUGCCUCGAGAAGCGUGUCUUCUACCGCAUCAUCUCCGGCUUGCAUGCUUCCAUCUCGAUCCACAUCUGCCAUGACUUCCUCGACACCAAGACGGGCGAGUGGGCUCCCAAUCUCGAAUGCUUCAUCACACGCAUCGCAGAGCAUCCCGAGCGACUACAAAAUGUCUACUUUGACUACGUCCUGCUUCUCCGCGCACUGUCGCGUCUCGGCGACUCCUCGCAAAACUUCUCGCUCCGGGCAGGAGACUCGAUCGAGGACCCUUCUGCGGUAGCCCAGCUCGACCAGCUCAUCAACGACGCCCGUGCAUGCCCCACCACCUUCGACGAGGCGCAGAUGUUCAGUGGCCAGAAUCGCGAGUCGUUGGAGCUCAAACAGGAGUUCAGGCAGCACUUCCGCAACAUCUCUACCAUCAUGGAUUGCGUCGGAUGCGACAAGUGCCGGCUGUGGGGCAAGCUGCAGGUCCAUGGCAUCGGAACGGCGCUCAAGCUGCUGUUCAACAGGAACGAGAGGGAGGCCGUGGGUGAGGUCAAGCUGCAAAAGUCGGAGUUGGUCGCGUUGGUCAACGCGGCGCAUAGGAUCGCGGAGAGUCUGAGGGCGGUAGAGCGGUUCAGAGACAUGUACCAAGAGGAGCGGGCUAUUGGAUCUUCCGACCAAGCAAAGGCGGAGAGGGCGGUAGAGGAUAGAGUUGCGAGGCCAGGGUCGAGCCAUACACCUCGCCGUGGCAAGCACAACGCUACACGGCAAACUGAAUAUGUAGCAGAGCUGCCAGUGGACGAGUCAACGUGGACGCAAUUGCUCGGCUGGCUGGAGAAGGGCGCUGAAGCAUGCAAGCGAUCGCUCGCUCACUGUUUGCAAGCCCUCGGCUUCAACACUGGCUGGUCCACGCACAGAACUAUCAACAAGCACUCGGAGUUGUAG